AAAAAAAAAAAAAAAGUUUUUUUUUUUUUUAUGUUGUUGUUGUUGUUGUUAUGCAAAGGCUAUUGUACUUAUAACUACAAUGUCUAGAGUCACAUCUAAAAAGCAAAGCAAUCGUCACGUGACUGCAAGGAAGAUCUAUACAAUUAUCGCCUGCUCUGACGUCAUUUCCAGCAGCCAAACCCCUUGACCGUUUGGCGCUCAGGAACUUCGGCCUUUCCCUUACCGUGUUCCACCUGUUGAAGAGACACCAUCCAUAUUUCUUUCUAAAAGCACCCUCAAACAAAAAUAUUCAAGACAACAGCCUCAUCCCCCCCUCCUCUCUCUCUCUCUCUCUCUCUCUCUCUCUGUCUGUCUGUCUGUCUCUCUCUGGAAUGAGGUGGAAAAUGUACAGAGCAGAAGGCUGCAGUCCGGAUUUGAUUUUCAUGGCUCGUAUGGCUUUGAACUGCAGCCGCCCGGAGUUUCCUGCAGUGAGAGUGCCGCAAAUCCCACUUGAUAACUUCGACAAGCCACAACUUUUUUUUUUUUUUUGCACGCAACAACCCAAUAUUGCAGUUAUGGUUUGCUACACUAGUCUGAAGCAUGGACAGAUAUUUUUAUGAAAGUUGUUUUCAUGCCAGUAGAGAAGUGUCCGCGUUUAACCAUGUCUAUAAAUACUAAUAAAGAAAAGAAAUAUGCUUAUAAAUAUAUAUUUUUUUUUUAAAUGGCAGUAUGUCUGAAUGAAGUGGUGUCCUUGGGUUGCAUGGGUUUUUUUAUGCAAAACAGAAUUUUAAAGUGAAGCACACUCACGAGCGUAACUCACCAUCCUAACACUAUAAACUGAUUUUUAUGGAAAACAUCUGAAUUUGUUAAAGAGCUUCGUGGCCUGUGUCUUAAUUUCUCUUUUUGCAGUAGAAUUAUACAUUUUAUGUGACUGAGAUCACACAAUGGCACCUGUUAUAAUAAUAAUAAUAAUAAUAAUAAUAAUAAUAAUAAUAAUAAUAAUAUGCUUUAUUUUCAGUGUUUUUUUUUUUUUUUUUACACUUUGCUAGCAUGCAUGGCCUUCAGAUUUGUAUAUGCAAAAAUGUAGAAAAACUCGCACUUUUGGCCUGUGCAUCCCCCAAACUCUGACUUCUUUUUUUUUCUGAAUUUCAGGGUGAAAUCAACAGUCAGUCUGCCUCCUCACUAUAUACAAUAUACCACAGAUUGAUGAUGUAAACCGACCAAUCGCGCCGGCGCUGAGGAAGCUCGCUCUGUUAUUUGGUAAAGGUGAAUCUUAGUAAAAGGAGGGGUAGGCGAAAAGAAGCUUACGCUCACCAAUGACCGGCCACGCACGGGGGUCACGUGCUGCCCCCAGCUCCCUUCCCCUCCCCUCCCCAUUCAUCAGGGGUGGACUGUGUGUUGUCUUUUCAAUUCAUUUAUCUGCAGGAAUGAUUGCGACUAUCAGUCCGAAGCAGCUCGACUCGCGGAGGAGGAGGUGAAAAGUUGGGGAAGAAGAUAAACCUGCAGAAAGGACAGAGACAACAAUAAUCGCGCGUGAUUUUUGCGCGCGCGCAUCGUCGGAUGAGCUGGACUUGGGGGGAAAUAUUUUCCCUCUCCACUUAAAAAAAAAAAAAAAAAAAAAAAAAAAAGUAAAUAGAAGUGAACAGGAGACUGGAGUUUGCUUGGGUUGCAUUAAGUCAGAGAGAAAUAACCCCAGCAGAGACAGUUGUUGUAGAGUUGCUGUUGUCUUGUGCGUGAUUUCUCUCGGUCUGCUCCUGUUGCGGGCUAAAGAUGCUCUUGGACGCAGGAGCGCAGUAUCCGGCGAUCGGAGUGACUACUUUCGGUUCCUCCAGACACCACUCAGCGGGCGAAGUGGCGGACCGCGAAGUGGCUUUGGGGAUCAAUCCGUUCGCAGACGGCAUGGGCGCGUUCAAAAUCAACCACGGCUCGCAUGAGCUCGGUUCCGCCGGCCAGGCAGCGUUCUCCUCGCAGGCGCCCGCCGGGUACGCGGCCGCGGCCGCCCUGGGACACCACCACCAUCACCAUCACCACGCGACCCACGUUGGCUCUUACUCCACGGCGGCAGCUGCGGCGUUCAAUUCCACGAGGGACUUUCUCUUCCGGAACCGGGGCUUCGGAGACGCGACAGGCGCGCAGCACAGCCUCUUCGCCUCUGCCGCCGGUAGCUUCGCGGGGCCGCACGGGCACUCGGACGCCGCCGGGCACCUGCUUUUCCCAGGACUGCACGAGCAAGCAGCGACGCACGCAUCCGCCUCGAGUGUGGUGAACGGUCAGAUGCGCCUGGGGUUUUCCGGCGACGUGUACGGCCGGGCCGAGCAGUACGGCCACGUGGCGAGCCCCAGGUCCGACCCACACUAUGCCUCAACGCAGCUACACGGCUACGGCCCCGUGAACAUGAACAUGGCUGCACAUCACGGCGCCGGUGCCUUCUUCCGUUACAUGAGGCAACCGAUCAAGCAAGAGCUCAUCUGCAAAUGGAUCGAACCGGAGCAGCUCAGCAACCCGAAAAAGUCCUGCAACAAAACUUUCAGCACCAUGCACGAGCUCGUCACUCACCUGACCGUGGAGCACGUCGGCGGACCCGAGCAGUCGAAUCACAUCUGUUUUUGGGAAGAGUGCACACGGGAAGGGAAACCGUUCAAGGCCAAAUAUAAGCUCGUGAACCAUAUCAGAGUGCACACCGGAGAGAAACCGUUUCCGUGUCCGUUCCCUGGCUGUGGCAAAGUGUUUGCCCGAUCAGAAAACCUGAAAAUCCACAAGAGGACGCACACAGGUGAAAAACCUUUUAAGUGUGAGUUUGAUGGCUGUGACAGGCGGUUUGCUAACAGCAGCGACCGAAAGAAACACAUGCACGUCCAUACGUCAGAUAAACCAUAUCUGUGCAAAAUGUGCGACAAAUCAUACACACACCCCAGCUCCCUCCGGAAACACAUGAAGGUUCACGAGUCGUCGAAUCAGGGCUCGCAGCCGUCUCCAGCAGCCAGCUCGGGCUACGAGUCCUCCACUCCUCCUACCAUCGUCUCUCCAUCCACAGAGAACCAGGGCAGCAGCUCCAUAUCGCCUUCAGCCUCCUCCACCGUGCACCACACCACCACCUCCACCCUGGCCUCAAAUUUUAACGAAUGGUACGUGUAAAUAUUUUCAACAACAGCAGCAGCAACAACAACAACAACAAAAAAAAAAAAGACUGCAGAUUUUAAGACUGCUUGGAAAUGAAAACAAUCAGCCUGUUCGCAAGGACUCUUAGAGGAAGAGAGAAAUAAAAUGGAGAACCCCGAUUGUUUUCUGGCUAUAUAGCAGAAAGAAAUGAGUGCAUGGACGCGGUGCGAGGCCCACACCAAUAGACUAAAACGUCUUUCCCUAAUAUACAUAUAUUUUUUAAUUUUCCUUUCAUUAUUUUUCUUUUUUAAUUUUUUAUUCCUUUUUUUUUUCGGGAGAGACUGCUCACCGGGGAUCAGUUGCAUGCUCCAAGCAGGUCAAAAAAAAACCCUGCUCUUUUUUGUACAUAAAGAUUUACCUAGUUUAAAAUGUAAUAUUUUUAUUUUGUAAAUAGUCAUAAUACAGUUUAAGGGAAUUUGUGAAAAAAAAAAUGUGGUCCCUAGAUAUAUGGAAAAUGAGAUGGCUUUACGAAUAUUGCGAUGAUUUAGUCUUGACUGCAAAUGGAGAAUGUUAUAGUUAAUGUGUACCAAAUGUGAAUUACUCAGUAUUAUACCGUCUACACGUUUACCUAACCGACUAUUAGUAUUAAUGUGCUUUUGUAUCCAGUGCAACAUUUCGUCUAAAGUCCAGUCUGAGUAGCACAAUUGUUGUUAUUUAAUGUCAUGUCGAUAAAUUGUGUAGUGAAAGCCUGAAACGUGUCAAUCUUGUUUAUGUAUAAGUGAUAUAAAAAAUAUAAAAAAAAAAAGGAACCUGUCUAUUGCAAUGCCACUUUGCAGGAAAUGAUGACCUGUAUUACGGUUCAGUUUUCCAUAUUUAUCCGCAUGUAAAGGAUCCGGUAACUCAUGUUAUAGACAUAUAGGCCUUCUCGGUAUUUAUGGAGAAAUGCGUUUGGUAGGGUAUGUAAAAUUUAGUUUUCCAAAUAAUGUUUGGUUACAAUUUCGUACAAUAUUAAAGAAUUAAACGUACAACAUUCAA